CACACAGACACAACAAGAACCCAGCAUUCAACAACAGCACCAACCACAACAACAACGACACCGCCAACCAUGUCGUCAACAAACACAUCACCGGCAAGGCCAAGCGCUGCGCUGGCGGUGACCAAGCUGCUGAAAGCGCACACGCAUGCAGCGUUCCAGACAGCGGCAGAGACCAUCAUCACCUACGCAGAGAACCUGAAGCGGAACCCAGACGAUGACAAGUACCGCCGCAUCAACCUUGCGAACACGUCGUUCCAAACACGCGUGUAUCAGGUGCCGGGCGGGGAAGAGUGCAUGCAAGCCAUGGGGUUUGUGAAGGAAGCCGGCCAUCUUGUGUUCUCUGGCGACAGCCUCAAGAGCGUGGACAACCUGCUGACUGUCCUCAAGGCAGCGCUGGCUGCAAAGCAGAAGCAGGUACAGGCGAUGGAGGAGCGGCGGCGCAAGGAAGCACGCGACGCGCAGGAACAACAGGCCCGGCAGCAAAUGGUGCAAACCCUCACCUCCCACAUCUCUCGCAUGCGCAUCUACGAGCAACCUGCACUGCAGGCACAGGCGCGUGCACGCAUCCCUGUGGAUGAACUUCGACGGCGCGCGGAUGACCGGGACGACAAGGGCGAGAAGAGUGCCGAGGACAGGCUGCUGCUGGAGCUGCUGCGGUGGUUCAAGAAGGAGUUCUUCACGUGGGUUGACACGCUGCCGUGCGAGUACUGCGGCGGCAAGACGAAGGUCGCUGGCAUGACUGCCCCGCUUGGGGACGAGGCAAGGUGGCAGGCGGGGCGUGUUGAGGUCCACCAGUGCAAGUCCUGUGGCCGCAGUACACGCUUCCCUCGUUACAACCACCCAGGCAAGCUGCUGGAGACGCGACGCGGGCGCUGCGGCGAGUGGGCAAACUGCUUUGUCCUCUGCUGCCGUGCACUCGGGUUCCACACACGCUAUGUGCUUGACUACACGGACCACGUGUGGGCUGAGGUGUUCAGUACGAGCCAGCAGCGGUGGCUGCACUGUGACCCGUGUGAGCAAGCGUGUGACAAGCCGCUCAUGUACGAGCGCGGCUGGGGCAAGAAGCUGUCGUAUGUGUUUGCGUUCACGCCGAUUGGGAUGGCUGAUGUGAUUUGGCGGUAUAGCCAGCAGCGUGAGGCAACCCUUCUCCGCAGAGACAAGGUGUCUGAGGACUGGCUGGCAGAUAUGAUCAAGACCAUCAACCAGCAACUGCUUGCCGGUGUGCCCGAAAUCCAACGCGAAGCUAUUCUUCAGAGCCUGGAGACUGAGCGGCAGAGUUUGUUUGCGGAGCCGCGGAGAACGGAGCCUGCGUUGAGUGCGCAGGAGCUGGUGGGGCGGCAGAGCGGGGCGGAGGAGUGGCGUCGCGCGCGCGGUGAGCUCGGUGACGGCUCACAGCCAGCCGCAGCAACAACAGCAACACCGACAGCCACACCGACGAGAAAGGAACCCAAGCAGCAGCAGCAACAGGAAGAGAAGGAGAAGGCGAGCGUCGAGAAGCCGCAAGCAGAGCAGAAGAUAGCCGCCGCCAAUACAACUGCAAAUGACACAGCGGCACAGCCACAGGCUACUGCUGCUGCUGCUGACGACGACGACGAUGAUGAUGGAGAUGAAGAGGGAGAUACGGCGGCAGUGCGCACAAGAGACACCAGCAAGCAGCGUGCCAGGGCGUCGAACAAUCAAGGAGGCGACCAGGUGCAUGCCACAACAGAAGCACGCCAACAAGAAGAAGAAGAGGAGGAGGAAGAAGAGGAAGAAGCAAACCCGUUUUUUGCAUUGUUCAGAGAGUAACAGGAACACGACACGACACCAUAAAAUAACUUCUACCGC